AAAAUAACAAUGGUAUGCUAAAACCCUGAAAGAAAUCUUCAAGCUUUCUCUCUCUAGAAAAUUCAAUGGGCUUCCGCCUUUGCUCCCGAAUCGCUUUCUCUCGUCUUCUCCAGCACCAGCCCACCACACUCUUCACCGCCAACAGAUCUCCGUCCCUAAUCGCUUCCUUACGAUCCCAACCCAAUAUCUUCGCUCAUGUUCGGUCAAAUCCCGGAGACCUACCUCUCGGUCUCCGGUUCUUCUCCACCGGCAGGCGCCAACCUACGAAAUCAGGAAAAAUCGACAUCGGAGCUCGCGCGCGUCAGAUGCAAAAUCGACGGCUUUGGACAUACGCACUUACCUUCAGUAGUAUUGCCGGCUUCAUCGUCAUUGUUCUAAAUCAAUUUCAAGAUCAGAUGAUCUUUUAUGUUACACCAAGUGAUGCUCUUGAAAAGUAUAAUUCGAAUCCUUCUAAGAACAAAUUCCGACUUGGUGGGUUGGUUCUCGAAGGUAGCGUUGCCCAAUCGACUUCUUCCCCUGAUAUGGAAUUUGUGAUCACGGAUUUAAUCACCGAUAUAUUAGUCCGAUAUCGUGGCUCUUUACCAGAUCUAUUCAGAGAGGGGCAUUCAGUUGUAGCUGAAGGGUUUGUGAAACCAAUUACAGAUGAGAUUAAGAAAGAUGUUACAGUAAAGAACGUUUCGGAAAAGGCGAGGAAGCUAGAAUGUUAUUUUUCAGCUAUUGAAGUGUUGGCUAAGCAUGAUGAGAAAUAUAUGCCUAAGGAGGUUGCGGAGGCGAUUGAAAGGAACAAGAAGAAGAUUGCGGCUGGCGAGACUGGGGAGAAUGGGGAGGAGAAAGAUGACAAGAAAUAGACUUGUUGAUUUGGUACCAAUUUUGGCUUGAUAGGUAUAAUUCUUUGGACACACAUUGAUUAUAGUUAAAGAGAUUGAACUCUGAAUGAUGGUGUUCUUUUUUUUCUUAUUUAAUAUAAGGGUUUCACUUAUAUGUUGUUGUAAUUGCGCGAUUGAUCAAUUGAUUUUCCUCUCAUUUCUUGUUAAUUCAAGCAUGAAUAAGAAUGCUGCUGAGAAUGGCGGCUGAAUUUGACUUCAA